AUGACCUGGGCACCCUGGGAAGUCUUGCAUAACUGGGCACCCUUUAAGAUCGAUGCCCUUGGCCUGGUCACUUUACUCGGGGCUGAGGAAAUCAAUUCCGCCGUUGGUCGACUGGUCCGUAGCACCUAUCUCGAGUAUCUCCCUUUGCUAGGGGCUUUCAUCAUUGCCGGAGACCGCUUCACUGACAAGGCAGCCGGCUUCAACCUUUACAAUAUCUCCGAAGGCAUCCAUACGACAGAACUCUCUGCAUGGCUGACCCGGUGGAUGCUCUCUCAGGACUUCGAGGUUACUCGAAGUUUCGUGGACUGGACGGUCACUCCGCCAAAGUCUCGUCGACAUGACAUCGUCGUCGCAGCGAUCAUCGGCUUCGUUUUGAAUGGCUUUCUCAUUGCUCUGACGCUCUUGUCCAGAGACUGGUAUGGUUUCGCCAACGCCGUGGCCAUGAUCAUUUCGAUCUUGGUCCGCGCUUAUGUUAUAGGCCAGCACCGUGCGGCCAUCGAUGCCAUGGUAGCCGAAGUCUCCAGUAAAUCUCAAUCCCAUCCAACCGCAAAUUCAGGCGAGGACGAGAGGCGGAGCCACGGCUUAUGGAAGAAGGAAAACAGGGCAGUAACAAUGAAGAGAGAUAAUACGUCUGGCGCAGACCCCCUCCCCGAUGCGGACUCCUCAUUUCAAAGCUCCUUUUCUGUCGACAAUACCGCGAGGAGUCGGGGCUCUUCCCAGCAGAGUCAGAGGAUGCCGAAGGAGCAGAGACCUGCACCGCCUAUUAAGCGAAAUCCAAAGAACCCUAAGUCUAAAGGCGGCCCCGGGCUUGGGAAGACCAAGGUCCUCAUCAUCCAGUCAGAUUCCAAAGCAGUGACCUUCUGGAUGCCAAAGGAGCUGUUGGCUCCACCAUCCCUGUUCAUCGAAGGCCCCAAUCUUUUACACCCCCUGACGUAUUCCUUUGUGCGAUCCCUCGGGUGGGUGGCGUUUGCGGUGCACGUCGUUGCCCUUGGUAUGGCAGACCUGGCUAGUCAGUGGUACACAGUUGUCCUCCUUGUGCUGCCGAGUGUCCUGCUGGUGCUCAAGUUUGGGUGUGACGACUCCAACUGGAGACCGACGAUAGAUGGCUGGAGGAGAAGCUUUCUCAACGGGUGCCAACGUCGCGACACGAGCAAGUCGGACGAGGUUGAUGAAACUGCGAAGUCGGGAGAAUUCGUGAAGCAGCGCGAAUGCUGGAUCGGUUCACGACUCAAAGCAGAGAUCUACCAGUGGCCAGCCUCCUACGAGUUCACCGAAGAGGCAAAUGGGGACGGUAAAGGAUGGACGAAUCGUGUUCUUAAAGGCAAAGAGCGCUCAAGGAAAAGACAAGAUCUCUAUGCAUGGCUUGCACUUACGCCCGACGAGGAACAAAGCAUGGAUAAAUGGGACCUCUUCCCGCACAUACGCAACAAAAAUGAGGUGUGGCGGACCACGUACGAGCUGAAGAGAGACUGUUUGCAGCCCAACCCCAAUUUUGGGCCGCAGCGCGAGUUCUUGAGUGAUCGACAAACAGUCUCCCCUGAGCCAAUGGUACGGCGCAGACAGGCCAGGCCUCGCAGACAGAGCCUUGUAGCUCCUCAAAUGGUUAGUUCAGCCUUUCCACUUUCAGCGAUCAGGCCUGAAGAUGCUGGUUUGGUCGAUUCGCCGCGCCAAAUGCCCCAGGGAAAUGAGGCCGGGCCGCUCGAUGAUGGCAAUGCGCUUCUGGAACCCUUUCCAAACGGUCGUAAGCCUGAGAGCGCUUCAUCUUUGAAGGAGGACUAG